ACUCCAGAAGGGUGGGGCCUAAAAAGAGAGAGAGAAAAAGAGAGAAAGAGAGAGAGAGGGAAAAAGAGAGAAAUUAGAAAGCAACAGCCCCAGCCCGCCUGGGCACGCUGUGCUGGGUGCGCUCGGAUGCAGCCGCCCCGGGCCCGCGCCUCCUCGUCCGCGCGCCGCUCGCCCUCCGCCCCAAGCGCCGCGCGUCUCCGGAGCCGGCCGUGCGCCGGGCGCGCGUGGGGAGCCCGGUCGGGCUGGGGUGGAGCCGCAGCGCCCCGCAAACUUUGGGCGGAGGAGCGCGCGCUCGGAAGCCCCGUGGCGCGGGAUGGGGGCGGCGACGCUACGCUUCCCGGGUCCCCACGCGCGCCUGGCCACCCGCCUGGGGACCCCCGCGCCGCCUCUGCCCGCGCCCCGGGCCCCGCAGCCUCGCAGCUCCGCAGCUGCCCGCGCUCACUAGCCCAUCACGGCCGCCCAGCCGGAGCCCCCAGAGCGUUCUCCGCGCUUGGGGACCCAGCACCGGAGACCCCCCUUGUGGAGUGAAAUUCAAUUCACGAGCCAGUUCUCAGCGCGGUCGAAUCACUGAGGUGAGCUCGGCCUGCGCUGCGGGACCCCGGAGCCCGAGCGGCCUGGCUGUGGACCUGUGGGGACCCGGCACAGGGCGGCCCUGCUGCUCCGGGUCCCUAGCCAGAUGCGUCUUGGCUAUCCAGCUCAGCUUCUGUUCUCUGGGGACCUGGCGACAUCCCUCCUUCAGAGAGACGACACCACGGAGGAGAAGAGGACCCGCGCUCCGAGUCUCCAGGAUGUGCCCAUCUGAGAUGGGGACGCUGUGGUACCUUUGGUCUCCCGUGCUCAUCAGCCUGGCUGCCCUUUUUUCCAAAGUGACGGAAGGCCGAGGGAUCCUGGAGAGCAUCCAGAGGUUCUCCCUGCUUCCCACCUACCUCCCGGUGACGUACCACAUCAACAACGCCGAUGUCUCCUUCUUCCUGAAGGAGGCCAACCAGGACAUCAUGCGCAACUCCAGCCUGCAGUCUCGGGUUGAAUCCUUCCUGAUCUACAAGUCCAAGCGGCUGCCGGUGCUCAAUGCCAGCUACGGGCCCUUCUCCCUGGAGCAGGUAGUGCCCCAGGACUUGAUGCUGCCUUCUAACCCAUUCGGAUUCACCAACGCAUUCUCUCUGAACUGGAGGCUGAAGGCCUACAUCCUCCAGGAGAAAGUCUACCUGAGCCAUCCCAAAGUGCAAGUGCUCUUCCACAUCGUGGGCCGAGACUGGGAUGACCGCAGGGACGAGAAGCUGCCCUGCCUGAGGGUCUUUGCUUUCCGAGAGACCAGAGAGGUUCGGGGCAGCUGCCGUCUGGGUGGGGCCCUGGGGUUGUGCGUGGCCCAGCUGGAGAUGCUGCCGGGCUGGUUCAAUCCCCCGACGGUGGUGUCCGGGCGCAGGAGGCCCACAGAGCAGCCAGAGGGGAGCCCCGUGGAACUGUAUUAUGCCGUUCAGCCAGGGGAUGAGCGAGGUGACUGUGCCAAGGAGGACUUGAGGAAGGGUGGUGGCGCUGCGGCGGGCCACAAUGAUGUCGAUGAAUCUAGCCCCCCUUUGCACCGAAUUGGGAGUGUCUUUCUUCGGGAGACCCCCAGCAAUCCGCCUUUGAGGGAUCUGCGUUUGGAUAGCAACGUGGCCGUUCAUUAUGUUCCCAAGACUGUGAGACAAGGAGAUGUGCUCACCUUCCCCAUCUCCGUCUCCAGGAACUGCACGGAGGAUCGCUUCACACUGAGGGCCAAGGUUAAGAAAGGAGUGAGCAUCGUUGGGGUGAGAGCCAGCAGCCCUUCCAUCUGGGAUGUCAAGCAGAGCUCAGAGUACACUGGAAAGUAUGCACCAGCUGUCAUCAUUUGUCAGAAGAAAUCGGCUGGCUCAGACAAGAGUGUGGAUGAUGCCCCCUACGAAGUCAUGAAGAUUGACAUCGAGAUUGAAGGACCCAGUGACCCACCCAGCACACAGCUUGUCACAUGGCAGGUUGAAUACCCAGGAGAGAUCACAUCUGACUUGGGGGUGUCCAAGAUCUAUGUGAGCCAGAAAAACUUGAUUGGGGUCAUACCACUGGCCAUGGAGGCAGAGAUCCUGAACACGGCCAUCCUCACUGGGAAGACAGUGGCUGUCCCUGUGAAGGUGAUCUCAAUAGAGGAAGAUGGCACAGUCCAAGGUCUGUCGGACUCGGUGGAGUGCAGGUCAUCAGAUGAAGACGUGGUUAAGGUUUCUGACAGAUGCGACUAUGUCUUUGUCAAUGGGAAGGAAAUGAAGGGCAAGGUGAAUGUGAUAGUCAGCUUCACCUACCAGCACCUGAGCAGCCCCCUGGAGAUGACAGUGUGGGUGCCACGGCUACCCCUGCAGAUUGAGGUUUCAGACAUGGAGCUGAACCAGAUCAAGGGCUGGCGGGUCCCCGUUGUCUCCAACAAAAGGCCAGCUCGGGACAGUGAGGAAGAAGAUGAUGACGAGAAGAGGGGCCGAGGAUGCACCCUCCAGUACCAGCAUGCCAUGGUUCGAGUCCUAACCCAAUUUGUGGCCGAGGCGCCUGAUCCCGGGGGACACCUGGCCUACCUGCUGGGCUCUGACUGGCAGGUGGACAUCACAGAGCUGAUAACUGACUUCAUGCAGGUGGAGGAGCCCAGGAUUGCUAAGCUGCAAGGAGGGCAGGUCCUGACUGGCCAGGAGCUGGGCAUGACUACCAUCCAGAUCCUGUCGCCUCUGUCAGAUGCCAUUCUUGCCGAGAAGACAAUCACUGUGCUGGAUGAGAAGGUGACCAUCACAGACCUUGGGGUCCAGCUGGUAACGGGGCUUUCGCUGUCCCUACAGCUCAGCCCUGGGAGCAACAGAGCCAUUUUCGCCACUGCAGUGGCCCAGGAACUUCUGCAGAGGCCCAAGCAGGAAGCAGCCAUUAGCUGUUGGGUGCAGUUCAGUGAUGGUUCUGUCACACCCUUGGACAUCUAUGAUGAAAAGGACUUCUCCUUGAUGGCCACAUCCUUGGAUGAAAAGGUUGUCUCCAUCCUCCAGGAUUCGAAAUUCAAGUGGCCCAUCAUCGCUGCAGAAAAUGAAGGACAGGGGGCUCUGGUGAAGGUGGAGAUGUUGAUCAGCGAAUCUUGCCAGAAAUCUAAGCGGAAGAGCGUUCUGGCUGUGGGAACAGCCAACAUCAAGGUUAAAUUUGGACAAAAUGAUGCAAACCCCAACAGCAGUGAGAGUGGACACCUUGGGGCUGGGCUUCAUGUGGAGAACGUCAAUGACAGGAGGUCUAAAAAGCCUUUUCAGGAAUGGGGAAGCCCCGAAGGGUCAUACUACAGCAGCUCAUCUAUGGGGUUCAUGGAAGGAUGGGGCAGUACCACCAAGAGGCCAACUUUCCAGAAGAAGGAAGGCCAGGAAAGCCUGUUAGAUGACAUCAUCCUCUCGCAGACCAUGGCCACAGACCUCACCAGCUUCCCAGACCAGGUGGACCUCCCCAGGAGCAAUGCGGGCCCUGAGGAGCAUGACCCUGAUCAGGCAGCCAAGGGGUUGAGUGACCUGGAAAUUGGGAUGUAUGCUUUGCUGGGUGUCUUCUGCCUGGCCAUCUUGGUGUUCUUAAUUAAUUGUGUAACUUUUGCCCUGAAAUACAGGCACAAGCAGGUUCCCUUUGAGGAGCAAGAAGGUCUGAGUCAUUCUCACGACUGGGUUGGGCUAAGCAACCGGACAGAGCUGUUGGGGAACCACAUAAACUUUGCCUCCUCCCAAGAGGAGCAGAUCACUGCCAUUGACAGGGGUCUGGACUUUGAGGAGAGCAAACUCCUUCUCAGCUCAAAUUCUCAGAGCAGCAUCAAUGGACAGCUGCUCAGAUCCACAGGAGCCUUGCUCACAGACGAGAAAGAGCAGAAAAGUGAACCCCCUACAUCCCCUACCUCCAAAAGGAAAAGAGUGACAUUUUCUACGUUCUCUGCCAUCUCCUCAGAUGAUGGGUGUCCUUCUGGGAACACCAUGGCAUUGAGUAAUGAGGAUGACAUUAAGUGGGUCUGCCAGGCCCUGGACCCCGGGGAGUGCCCCGAGCCUCACAAUUGCAUGGAGAGGCUACAUGAGCACGUGUAAUGGAGACACCAAUGUUGUUCUUACCUUUCAGCCUUUAACCCACCUGGGUAUGAGGAGUAGACAUGCGCCCAGGGGAGAAAUGAGACAAGAGGACACCAUAAGGGUGACACUGUCCAUGGAGCCCUGGGAAAUGAUGUCCUCUUAGCUGAGGAUGCCCAGAGUCAGUACCCGUGUACAUGCCAUAACUCAGGAUGUUUGGUUAAACUUAAGAAGUUUAUUGUGCAUGGCAAGAUGUUUUCAAACCUGGAACAAAGGUGCCUGUUUGAGGGUUUGCAGGGAAGAACUCUUUUCCCUUUAAUCUAAGCAAUCUGGUUUUUUUGUCAGAUCCAUGAUGCUCUGAUAGUCGCUACUUCAGACCAUGAGAAAGAAAGAAAGAAAGAAAGAAAGAAAGAAAGAAAGAAAGAAAGAAAGAAAGAAAGAAAGAAAGAAAGAAAGAAAGAAAGAAGAAAGGCUCAGGUUGAGUAUGCAUGGAUCAGUGAGAAGUGUGCCAUCUGAGCAGAGCAGCGGAGCUGACUCUGAGUGUGCUCACGGGCAGAGUCUAGCACUGAAGCUAGCUACAAGAAGCAGGGUAUUGAGCUGGUAGUUUGCAAAGAUGGGGUCAAAGUUGGCCAGGGAUUAUUGACAGGUCAAGGCAGAGGUAAACAGGGCAGAAAGCAAAUUGGUAGAUGAGUCCACAACUAUCUUUGUAACUACAUGUGAAGAAACACACACACACACACACACACACACACACACACACACACACAUCACUGAAGCAAUUCAGAGGAGCCUCCUGUCUGUAGGACACUGGGUACAGACCACAUGGCUCCUUUAACAAGUUCACAAAUUUGAACUUGAUCUCUAUUCUCCACUGACACCCUUUCUGCAGCCAUUGGUUAUUUGUGAGAGAAAAAGGGAAGACAAUUUUCAGAAUUUUUUCCCUGCCUCUCUUUCCCCUGGGCUUUAUGUCAGCUUCAGGCGAUUUUCUAAGGAGAAGGUCCCAGGGACAUACAUCCCUUUGAAGAGGAUGAUUUCCAGAGUAUAAGCAGGACUCAGGAUGGGUUACCCACCCCCUUCCAUGCUUUCCUAGAAACCAUAGAGGGCUCUUUUGUGAUGGGGUCUGCUGCCACUCAUGUUGGGUCUCCUGUCCAAGAAUUUACCAUCAGGGUAUUAAAAGAGAGCAGGGUUCUGUUCAGAGCAGGUGGGUGGUUCUGAGCUGUAAGAGGUAAGUGACAAGAAGGUGGGCUUGUGCAUGCUUGCACAGCAUGAGAGAUGAUGGCUAUGUGCAGGUGUGUGCAUGUGUAUAAAUGUGUGUGUGGGUGGGCAUAUGUGUGCAUAAAGUGGGUAUGUGUGCAUAUGUGGAGGGUGUGCAUGUGUCUGUGUGUGCGUGUUUGGGGGUGCAUACCAUUGCAAACCCAAAGUCAUCCCAGAAAGGAUUAGCAUUGCUUCAAAUCAAAAUGAUUGAUCAAUGUCUCUAAGAUCCCUCAAAAGCUGAGCCUAUGGAGAUGGCAGAGGAGGCAUGAUCAGGCGAUCCCCACCCCAAUCCCCGGCUCACUGUGAAGUGAGGAUAGUGGGCUGAAAAGUAGCCAUGACCUUGAAGGAUGAAGGAGACUGGUCUCCUUGUAUUUCUAACGUCAUCACCAUUUCCCUUCUCUCCUGCCCUUCAGUUCGAUCUCUCUCUGUCUCUCUCUCUCUCUCUCCCACUCCCUCUCCCUCCUUCCCCCAUCUCUGCCUCUCCCUCUCUUCCUCUCCCUUUCUGUCUCUCUCUCUUUGGGUCUUUCUGUCUCCUUUGAACCCAUCUCUCAGUUUUCUUUCCCAUUAUUUUCUGUCUUUAUCACCUUGUCUCUCUUUCCUCAUUCCCCUCCCCUUACCCAUCUUGUUAUUCUCGUCCCUGCCAUAUAAGAGAAUCUCCCUAGAGGACUGUGAGUCCCACCACCUCCCCUUCCCCUCAUGCCCUCUUCCCUCUGACUGUGGUGCUAAUCCUUUUGUUCUGACAGCCAGCAAGCCACCCAGCUCCUGUCUCCCAGUAGACUCCCCUUGUUUGGGUGGAUGGUGAAACUCUUGCCCCUUUUACCUCCAUAAUCUUUUGCUUUCAGUUGCCUCAGUUCUGAUUUCUUCCCAUUCUUACCCACGUGAUGUUUCCCUGAACACUGCGGCAGAUGCCUGCUCCUAAACCCCUCCAAGUGUAGAAUGUAUUGUAGAUUGUAAGAAUGUAAUAUAUAUUUAUAAACUUACUGACUGUAAAUAUAAAACAUGCACUCUGCGGCUUUA